AUGCGUUGUUUGAGCCAUACGUCGUAUCUUGCCCUUCGAGUCGUGUUUCUCUAUGCUCUGCCAACCCUUUCACAUCCGGCAAUUCAAACUUGGUUGACAACUCCAUGGAAGGCACCUCCACUUCUACCUCAAAUAGCUGAAUUCAUUUCACGCGACAAUACAAGUGCCUUGUUCCCGUUCUUAACCUUAUUGAGUGAAUCUAGCAUAUACGAACUGACCACUCCCAAGGAAGUGUAUCACGGGGCUCUAAAACUAUUGGCAGACGACAAAAGCUCAAACUUGUUGUCUGGUCCUGCUGCCUUAGAUCUAUUAAAGUUAUCAUUAUCACUACACGAAUUUGCACCUGCUAUAGAAGCCCAUUUUCAAUAUUAUGAAAGCACCGUGGUGCAACAGGCUUCAACAAAGUGGAAGUCUGAUUGUCGAAAUUGGGUGGAUUGGUAUGGAACUCAAUAUUGUGAUGUGGAGAGCUUCUCAGCCGUCGCUAUGAAGAAGGUGAAUAGCGACCCUCGUAAAUUAUUGCCAAUUGAUCAUGUUUAUACCGCUGCUGGCAACCACGGGAAACGUCUUCCUACUGCCAUUCUAUAUGCAGACUUGACUACCGGCGAAUAUCUACCGUUGCACAUCGCUCUGACUACUAAGGCAGACAACGGUUUGAUAUUUUAUGUAUUGAGGUACAGGCCUCCACCUGUACCACAGAACGACACUUUAUACGUGUCUGGAUAUGGCGUGGAGCUGGCCAUUAAAAGUACAGAGUAUCUCGUUACAGAUGAUCGCAACAUUGAUACAUCCCAAGAUCAAACCGUGCUUUCUCCUGGUGCUCGGAGUGGUGAUGGGCCAGUUGACACAGAGGACAUACUGUCAAGUGCUCAACCUACUAUACAAGUUCUGAAAGCUGAUGAGAUUGCUGAUUUGUCUUUGAAGGCUAGCCAAUAUGUCAUGACAUCAUCUAAUCCAUUCGACGCUCUACAACGAGUAUCCCAGGAUUUCCCAAGAUAUGCUCAUCUGAUUGCUGCAACGACACUGCAGCCACUAUACCGCUCUAGCGUAACCUCUCGGUUUCAAGAAGAGGAAAGCACGACGCUCAAUCCAGAUGCACGUGUGAAGCAUGGCAUAUCCGUGAAUGGCUUGGAACUAGAUCUGGAGACGAUUAAUGCCUUUCAAUUACUGAGAACCCUCAAGUCAGAGCAUCGAUUGGUCUCGUCAUUGGUAUCCUUGGGCUUCACGCCUGAAACCGCCAUAGAUUUGCUCUCCACCAUUGGACAGUCUGACCCUGGAGCUGAUGCAACAUCUCUUGGGCAAAUGUUUGAUGUUCGUAGUGAUGCAGUCUUUUGGUGGAAUGAUUUGGCUAAAGAUAAGAGAUACUUGGGACGUUUUCAAGAUUCUGUGCAAGAGUUGUUGAGGCCUAGUUUUCCCGGUCAGAUGAAAUACAUUAGGAAGAACUUUGUGUCGACUAUAUAUGCCGUGAAUCUCGCAAUACCAGAGCAGCUGAGAAUGGUCUUGGAGAGUUUGGCUUAUAUUGAUCGAGAUAUACCUAUUCGAAUGGGUAUCGUGCCGGUGAUAGAUACUACAGAUGAAACGAACAUCCUCGUUACCGAGCUUGUCUUGUAUGCACUACAUCAUGAAACUCGAAAAGAAGCCAAAGCUUUGUUACAAGCGCUCCUGCCUGAACUGCAGAAGAAGCUGCCUCCUUCAGAACUAGCGACUGCCAUCACAGCAGUAUGGUCUCGGCUGUCACCAAGUAUUGCUUUGGCAACAGUCAAGCAAACGGUUGACGGCGAGGUUGAAUCCGUCAAAAAGUUUAUGAGCCGUCUUGGAAUCAAUGCCAAAUUGGGUGCCAUAUUUGUUAAUGGUGUUUACUUGGAUGCAGAUGAGGCAUAUCAACAAAAAAUGGUUCAAACAUACUUUUCUCAUAUCGAUUUCCUGAUUCGAAAAGUUAUGGAGGAGGAGAUCACAGACGAAACAGAUCCAUUCGAGCUCUUUAUGGAUUUACCUAGUGUCAACUCGCGUAGAAAUGAGUACAUAUUCAUUUCAGAUACAUUCCCUCUUAAAAUGGUGGAUGUAGCUCAGGCUGAUGAUUAUGGGGUAAUCGACAAUCUGAAAUAUCUGUCGUCGUCUUAUUCUAAGGAAUCAGGUCUGGCUCCCAUGUCUAUUUGGCUUGUUGCUGAUUUCACGACUAAUAGUGGAGCACAGCUUGCUCUGAAUGCCAUCAAGUCCUUGAAAUCCGCUGAUAGAAUACGUAUUGCAUUCCUCCAUAAUGGAGCAUCCAGCGAUGUAAUACCUGCUCUGCAUAAUGUAUUGGCUCUGGCAGGGGAUGCUUUGACCAUCGAUAAUAUCGAGUCUUACAUUAUGGCUUAUUUGGAAGAGAAGAAACCAUCACUGCCGGAAUCAGCCAAGGUUUUAGAUACCCAAGCGCAGAACAGGAUGAAAUCUUUCAUUUUGGAUGGACUCUCUAUAGCUCCUGAAUCAGUUAUGAUUGUUAUCAAUGGUCGAGUUGUUGGACCACUGACAGAAGCAUCGUUGUUGAAUGAAGAUGAUUUCCAUUUACUUGUGAAUCUAGAACGCAAGGAACGUGCUGCUGGCCUAUGGGAAAAGAUUCAAGCGGUGCCUUCAUCUAGUACCUGGUCGGAUUCAACUAUAGCAACCGUUAUGCUAAAAGUGCAGUCUGUAGUAGCUGGAUCUGUUACAGACAUUUCAGCUGGUAGCAUGUACACAAAUCAAAAGAGUCGUGUUCCUGAAUGGCUUCUUUCUAUCAAGCAGGACACUACUCCGCAUUUGACCUUUUUGAACUCACCUGCUUCUGAUGCAGCCUAUCUGAGAGUCCUGGUAGUCAUUGAUCCUGCAAGUCAUGCUGCUCAAAAGAUUUCGGCGAUUUUGAAUGUGUUGAAACAGCUAGACAAGACACAUGUUGAAGUCCGUCUCGCUCCAGUUGCAAAGCUGUCUCAAGCACCUGUCAAGCGAUUCUAUAGAUACUUGAUUGACGCUGAGCCAGCAUUUGAUGACAAAGGGUACCUUGAACAUUCACAUAUUCGGUUUGACAAUAUGCCAAUGGACCCUCUAUUGACUUUGGGUUAUGAUGUUCCUAAUGCGUGGGUGGUCUCUGCUAUAUCCUGCAAGCAUGAUUUGGACAACAUCAAACUCUCUAAGUUAGAUGCAGCUUCAAGCGUGAAGGGUGUUGAAGCUAUUUUCGAGCUGAAGCAUAUACUUGUUGAAGGCCAUGCUCGAGACUUGAGCAACAAUCAACCGCCACGUGGACUCCAAUUCAUUCUUGGAACUCCAAGUCAACCAGACAUGGAGGACACCAUAACCAUGUCGAAUUUGGGAUAUUUGCAAUUAAAGGCAUUCCCAGGAGUCCUAGAUUUACGAAUACGUCCAGGUCGAUCAAGAGACUUGUUUGAAAUGGUGUCGGCUGCUGACUCAUACUCUUCAAGACGGAAUCUCGCUACUGAUUCUUUAUUGGGUACAGAAGGAUCCAAAAUUGCAGUCAGUAGUUUCGAAGGUGUUACUCUCUUCCCUGUGGUGACGAGAAAAGCAGGCAUGGAAUAUGAAGAUGUAUUGCAACCUGAUGAACCUGAGAAGGAGGACAAUUCGAUGUGGAAGAGUAUUAAAGGAUCGUGGGCUGGUAGGGAGAAGAAACGAAAUGGAACUGCCAUCAACAUUUUCUCUGUUGCAUCUGGACAUCUAUACGAGCGCUUUAUGGGAAUCAUGAUGGUUAGCGUCAUUAGGAAUACGCAUUCUCCGGUCAAGUUUUGGUUGAUUGCAGACUUUUUGUCUCCAUCAUUCAAGGAUUUCGUGCCUCUAUUGGCUGAACAAUAUCACUUUGAUUAUGAGUUCGUUACAUACAAAUGGCCUCAUUGGUUGCGAGCACAGACUGAAAAGCAACGGACGAUAUGGGGAUACAAGAUUCUCUUUUUGGAUGUCUUGUUCCCUCUCAGUUUAGAGAAGGUCAUUUUCGUGGAUGCUGAUCAAGUAGUCCGUACUGAUUUGAAGGAGCUUAUGGAGUUGGAUUUGAAAGGCCGUGUAUAUGCUUAUACCCCAUUCUGUGCUUCUCGUACUGAGAUGGACGGAUUCCGAUUCUGGAAGCAAGGGUAUUGGGCUAGUCAUUUAAAUGGCAAGCCGUAUCACAUUAGUGCCCUAUACGUCAUUGAUCUUGUGAGGUUUAGACAGCAGGCCACUGGUGAUCGAUUAAGACAGUCGUAUCAGAUGCUCAGUGCUGAUCCUAAUUCGCUUGCUAAUCUGGACCAGGACUUGCCUAAUAACAUGCAGCAUCAGAUACCUAUAUUUUCGCUGCCUCAAGAGUGGUUAUGGUGUGAGACGUGGUGCUCCGAUGAAGAACUCAAGACUGCCAAGACAAUAGAUUUGUGCAAUAAUCCAUUGACCAAGGAGCCGAAACUCGACCGAGCUCGCCGAAUCCUUCCUGAGUGGGAAGGAAUAGAUAAUGAAGUUCGAGAAUUUGCUGAAAAGGUGAAAAGGUCAAAUACGUCCAGCGAAAGAAAACCUGCUGUUAAAGGAGGGACUGUUGAAGCAACCCUUCCUGACAAGGACGAAUUGUGA